CACCGAGCUGCUGUUCAAGCAGAUCUGUGUGAGAAAAGAUGGCGGUUCCGUUGAUAAGCAAGAAAAUUGUGAAGAAGCGUGUCAAAAAGUUCAAGAGGCCCCAGAGUGACAGGAAAAUUUCUGUUAAGCCCAGCUGGCGAAGGCCAAAGGGUAUUGAUUCCCGUGUAAGGAGAAAGUUCAAAGGAUGUACCUUGAUGCCAAAUAUUGGUUACGGGUCAGACAAGAAGACCCGUCACCAUCUCCCUAAUGGAUUUAAGAAAUUUGUUGUGCACAAUGUGAGUGAGCUGGAACUCUUGAUGAUGCACAACAGGACUUACUGUGCUGAGAUAGCGCACAACGUAUCAACCCGGAAGCGUAAGGAGAUUGUUGAGAGGGCAGCACAGUUGGAUGUUGUUGUUACCAACAGAACAGCCAGGUUGCGUAGCCAAGAGGACGAGUGAUUGGUGGUGCCAAUCAAGUUUUUAUUUUUAUUUGUUAUCGUCUUUUAUUGGCUUGAAAGUUUUGGAACUUGGUGGUAAAUCUUUUCCUGAAUGAUUGUACUGAGAUACUUGGUGGAGAUAGAGACUUUUUCACCCCAGCUAUGGUUUGACACAUUAAUCACCAAUGGCCUCCUCAAAUUGAUGAAACAAUGAAUAUACACCAAGCAUGAACCUCCACGAAAUUGACAAGCCAUUGGACUUAGUUGCACUAUCCCUGGAAAAUUGAGCUGUUGUAUUUUGGGUAUUGUCGCCUGUCAAAUUGUAACUUGGAGGUCAAAAUGACCUUUUGGAUAUCCUUUCUGAGAAAUUUUAAGUACUAUGAUGUUUCUAUUGAGAAACAAAAUCAUGAGAUCAUAGUAUUUAAGAUC